CGUUUGUUGACUUCAUCACAACUUCGAAUUCUGUUUCGUAUAAGCUGGAAAAGGAUAAUACGGACGGAGUACUUGUUUCCUCUGCCAUUCUCUUUCAUCCCAAACACUGGAAAGCAAAAAGUGGUCUGCUUUUCCUUCAACCAUAGACCCUUCCUUCCCGAUGUAAUUAUCGCCGGGAUCGUCAUUUUGGCAUAAUUAUCCGAGGUAAGUUUGACGCUCUUUAUCGUUCUACUGAUUUUUAGCUGUAAUUUUGGACCUGUAAAAUUCAUCUCCAGGCCCGCAGCUUUGUCACUUGCGUGAAAUAAUUGUUGUGUUUGUGGGGGUCUUCGAUCCAGGAUCAUUUUCACCAGUGUUAGCUGGUGUUCGUAGGGUUUCACGGGAAAAUUUUCACCUUGGAUUCUGCUAGAGUUUGAUAUGCAGAAGAGUGGGAAUCUCUCCAAGAACAAUUCUUUAAGGCUUGCUGCUUCAUCUCCGCAGUCCCUUCGUAGGCUUGGCUUUUGCUCUCAGAUAACGACGGGACAGCAUUCAUCUCCAAUUGUCUUCCCGGAGAAGCGUAACAAAGGGAGGAGCUCGGCUCGGCAGGGCAGAGAUGUUGGUGAUACCAAUUUUGAUGAUCCCAAGAAGGAUAAAGAGGAGGAACAUAAGAUUGAUAUAGGAGACGAGCAGUCUGACCUUCUAGGAUAUGAAGUUUUUACCGGGAAACUUUCCCUGAACGAGAAAAAGGCCAGCAAAAAGGCUGGUGAGGAAUGCUCAGAGGAGACUGCAAUCCGGGAUGCUGUUGAGGCCAAGCUUACCAGUAAGGCCAUGGUUUGGGGUUCUAAAAUAGUGUCUUUAGCCGAUGUUAUUUCGGUGUCAUAUUGCCCAGGUCUUCGGCAUUUCACUGUUCAUUCAUAUCCAUUUAGAAGAGCUUCGUGCGGUUUCUCUUGUUUGCAAAAACCUCGAAGAGGUCGUAAAGAUUUUCGCUUUGUAGCUUCCUCUGCUGAUGAAGCGCUUCAAUGGGUCAGUGCAUUAGCAGAACAGCAGUGUUAUGUAAAUUUGUUGUCACAUCCUCUGGGUUCUUCAAAGAAGCCGGCAACAGAGAUGGUUACUAAUGAAUUUCCUCCUGAAUCAUAUAUAAGAUGUAAGACUCCACCUAAAAUGCUUGUGAUUCUAAACCCAAGAUCCGGACGAGGGCGUUCAAGUAAAGUGUUUCAUGACAUGGCAGAACCUAUAUUCAAGCUUGCUGGAUUUAACUUGGAGGUAGUGAAAACAACAUCUGCUGGUCAUGCUCGGAAGCUUGCUUCCACAGUUGACUUCAGUAGCUGCCCUGAUGGUAUUAUAUGUGUUGGAGGGGAUGGGAUAGUGAAUGAGGUAUUAAAUGGUUUACUAUGUAGGCCCAACCAGAAAGAAGCAAUUUCAAUUCCAAUUGGAAUCAUACCUGCUGGUUCGGAUAAUUCUUUGGUUUGGACUGUUCUUGGUGUUAGGGACCCCACAUCUGCUGCAAUAGCCAUAGUCAAGGGAGGUCUUACUGCAACAGAUGUUUUUGCUGUUGAGUGGGUUCAAAGUGGUGCAAUCCACUUUGGAAUGACUGUGUCGUACUUUGGCUUUGUUAGUGAUGUUUUGGAACGUUCUGAUCGGUAUCAGAAGCGAUUCGGUCCAUUGCGCUAUUUCAUUGCUGGUUUUCUCAAGUUCUUGUGUUUGCCCAAGUACAAUUAUGAAGUGGAAUAUCUCCCAGCAGCAAAAGAAGUGGCUGAAGACAUGAAAUCUUUAGCUGAUGGAGAAGUUAUUGUUAUGUCAGAGCUGUAUACUGACAUCAUGAGGAGAUCAAGCAAGGAAGGCCUUCCCAGACCCUCUAGCUUAUCAAGCAUUGAUUCAAUGAUGAGUCCAAGUGUAGACUUGGAUACAACUUGCAGUAGUACUGAACCAUCUGACUACGUAAGAGCCAUAGAUCCAAAAUCUAAACGGUUAUCUGCUGGAAGAAGUAACCACUCAACUACUGAACCAGAAGUUAUCUAUCCUCAACUCCCUAUUUCUGGAAGUACGAACUAUCCCAGGACUAGGUCGAAGUCUAGGACUGACAAAGGAUGGACUGGAAUGCCUUCUGCAAAUGAUCCCAAUAGAUCUUCUUGGGCAAAUAUGGCAAUGCAUGAUAAAGAGGAUAUUUCAUCAACAAUAUCAGAUCCUGGUCCAAUUUGGGAUUCUGAACCUAGAUGGGACUCUGAACCUAAUCAUUGGGAUGUGGAAAAUCCUAUUGAGUUGCCUGUUGCGGAUACCAAAGAAUCUGCUCAGAAGGAGAAUCCCCUGAAUCUCGAGGAGAAGUGGAUCACUUCCAAAGGUCCAUUUCUUGGUGUCCUCGUCUGCAACCAUUCAUGUAAAACUGUUCAAAGUUUCAGUUCCCAGGUUGUGGCACCCAAAGCUGAGCACGAUGAUAACACCCUAGAUCUGUUGAUGGUCCAUGGGAGUGGGAGGCUAAAGCUUUUGAGAUUUUUCUUGCUUAUGCAAAUGGGCCGGCACCUUUCACUUCCAUAUGUUGAAUACGUUAAGGUAAAGUCAGUGAAGAUUAAGCCGGUAAAGCACACUCACAGUGGCUGUGGUAUUGAUGGUGAACUUUUUAGUGUUAACGGAACAGUCAUCUCAUCCACACUUCCUGAGCAGUGCCGGCUUAUUGGUCGCCCAACCAUUAACAAUAAAUGAAUGAUGGGGAGGACACAUUUCAUCUCUUCUCUAAACUGCUAAUGCUUUGGUUCAAAUGCCAUCAUAGGAUCUCAGAAGCACUUUGGAGUGGUCAGGAGCUCCUGUUUUUGUUUUCACAACCUAACACCUGUAAAUUUUGUCCCCGUGCUUAGUGAAAGUAUUUACCAUCAGAGUUUUGCAGUUAAGCCAUCCAUUAGUCAUGUGAUGUCACUACAAUCAUGACAAGUGGGUUGUUGUUAGUGUCAUUAUAUACUUGUCAUGAUUUUGGUGGUGCCACAUCAUUAGUGAACGGUAUGCAACACACCUUGAGUAUGUGAACAUGACAGCUUUUUGUCUUAUUUUUUAGCUUUGAAGUUCAUUCUGCAACGUAUCGAUGGCUUUUGGGGGGAUGGUUUUAAGAGUUUGUAACUCUGCUUGGUACUAAGAGUUCGCAGGAGGGAGUGUAAUGAAAUUAUACGAAGUGGAAUUGUGUUUCCCACCAAGGAAAAUGUUUUGCUUUCCGAAUAGAGAACGUUUCCAAUUUUAUUUUGC